UUGAAAUCCAUAGUCCAAAAAUGAAAAAUUAGGAACACGAAUGUAAUGAAGAGGAGACGAACAAUGGAUCCCCGGAUGUGGCACAAAGUGGCCGCCGUUUCUGGAAUGGCUGCUCUUGGUUUGGGCACGUAUGGAGCUCAUGUCUUCAAGCCCCAAAACCCUUCUUACAAACAGGUGUGGCAAACGGCUUCUCUAUACCAUUUGGUUCAUACCGCUGCCCUUGUUUCCGCGCCAAGCACCAAAUAUCCCAACAUCUUUGGUGGCUUAUUGACUGCUGGGAUUAUAGCUUUUUCCGGCACGUGUUAUAUGGUAGCACUGCGUGAGGACAGAAAGUAUUCUACCUUGGCACCAUUCGGAGGCUUUGCAUUCAUCGCUGCCUGGGCAAGUUUGCUUUUCUGAAUAUAUCAAAUCAAGUUACGACGAUAUGCCUUAUGGUCAGCUUUCCAUGCCUCUGCCAUCUUAUCCUAAAUUCGAACAGUCAAGUUAUUUGAAAAGAUUGUUAUACUCUUACCGUGUAAAACGACUUUUUCUGUCACUCGUUGUGCUAACUUUGUUACGGGACAAGUUAUGUAAAUAACCAGACGGGAUGUUAUCUCGGAUUCUGGGUGCAUAUUUUCACAAUGCACCGGGGAAAUAAA